UCACUCCGCAAGCUCCAGCACGUCCACUUCCAUCACGCCCGCCACCAUGAAGCUUUCCUGGGGCUUCAUCACGUCCUCACUGUACUGUGCCGCAUUCGCUGCGCAAUCAGGCAGUGUCUACAUAUUCGACCCUGUGCCCAGAACCUCGCCACAGGCAGCCACGACCAUUGAUGCCACCACAGCUCGAUUAAUCCUCGCCCAGCGGCUGGGCCUGUCGCGCUUCCAUACGAUCGAGCAGACGCGCAGCGAAGAGAGCCUCAAGCAGAUCAAUGCCUUCGGAGGCAGGCAUCAGAAGUUAUUUGGCGGGGACGAUGCAGACCGGGCGCACGCGCACGCCCUUGUGUGGAUAGAAGGCGUGGAAGAUGCUGAGGCCAUGAUCAAGGACCCCAAGAUGUGGUCGUCCAGCCUCACGAUAGCGAACCCCCCGUCCGCGUCGGAUAACAAGCACCUGAUUGAAGAUAUGAUCCUGCAAGCCCAGUCGCUCCCUCAAAAGUUGGACCCCACCGGCGCAACAUACCACUCAAACCAGUUCAUCGACCGCCAGUUGUCCGAGCUCCGACAGCCCGAACUCUUCAACGACUACCUCACGGUUCUUCACAUCGAUCUCAAGAGCAAGGACAAGAUGGCCAAGCCCAGCGUUGAGGCGCUUGGUGACAUGAUUUCUGCGCUCAUGGCCGCUCCCAAGGAAAACCAGUUUGCAGUAACACUGGUUGUCAUGCCGCCGUCAGCUUCGAAUGUUAAGCGUGCCACGAACCCCUAUGGCACCUACCAAAGAGCCACCCUAGAGGCUCGCCGCGAACUCACCGAAACCAUCAUGUCUCUAGCCAGUGCUGAGCCUGCUACGUCACCUAACCCCGAGCUCCCCAGUGACAUGGAGGAUUUCCCGGUCAUUGCGAUGGCCGAAGGGAACGACACCACCGCGCCUCUUGGCAUUCUCCCUCGCUGCUUUGCGACAGAAGACGCCUGCACAAAGGCCACGCAUGGAUGCUCCGGCCACGGCUCCUGCGGAGUUCUCCACAAGGGCAAGAAGGGAGAGCGCGCGGAUUGCUACGGCUGCAUGUGCAAGCCUACCGUUGUGGACAGGGGCGAUACCGGCAUGGAGGCGCACAAGAAGACCACUUACUGGGGCGGACCGGCUUGCCAGAAGAAGGAUGUCUCUAUUCCGUUCUGGCUGUUCGUUUCUAGCGGUAUUCUCUUUGCUUUCCUUAUUUCUGGCGGGAUAGGUCUGUUGUACUCGGUGGGCAGCGAGGAGCUGCCUAGCGUCAUUGGUGCUGGUGUCAGCGGCCCGGUGAGGAAGUAAAAGGCAUCAAUGAAUAGAUAGAAGAGAUGACUGGGGGAUUGUGGGGGAUUGUAUAUCCGGUGUACGACAAGAUUUUCUAUUGUCAGCGCGACAGCGUGUAUCAUAGUGGCUGUUUGGGUCCAAGUGGGUUUGUGGCGUUAUAGCAUUGCAAUUUGACCAAGUAAAUGAUCCAAAGCGGAUGAGCUGUGAAAAUAUACUCG